CACACACACACACUUACAGAGUUUCUCAGCAUUUCUGCAUUUGAUUAUUAUUAGUCUAGAUUUCUCGGACCAUCCUGGUGUCAUUUUACAGUUUUCUAUCUGCCAAAUUUAAGAGAGAUAUGUAAAAUCAGAGAAUCACACACACACACUUAAAACUUUGGCGACCAGGAAUCUGUCCAUGAGAAAGUACCUCAUCUCCCUGAUCCCGUUACUCACGGGUCCUUCUUGCUCAAACACCCUCCCCCAAAAUACUCUUCAUUUCAUCUUGUUUCCUGACAGCCUGCACAGCUCCCACUGAACCCUGCUGGAUUUAUUCAUCUCUUUCUACUCAUUUAUCUCCACUCUCAGACAUUUGUCUGUUUUUGGAGUGUGUGCCUGCCAUCAUGGCGACGGGCAGCUCGCAGACAGAUGUGAAGGGCUCUCUGAACGGGAGCAUGGAUUUGUAUCACAGCUGGUUCGGUCCUACCACCCCACGACCUCCUCUACGAAACUACCUGCUCCUGACCAUCCUCACCUGCUUCUGUCCAGCCUACCCCAUCAACAUUUUAGCCCUGGUGUUCUCCGUCAUGUCCAGAAACAGUUAUGAUCAGGGAGAUUAUGAGGGUUCGAGGCGUUUAGGGAAGAUGGCGCUCUAUGUGUCCAUCGCCUCCAUCAUCAUCGGCAUCCUCAUCAUCACCAUCUUCUGCGCUGUGCAUUUCAGCAAGAAAGACGUGUAAGAUGACAGUAUUUUGUCGUGCUGUGCUCUGGGUGAAGGUCGUGCACUGGGUCGCUCUGUCUGUUGAACUGAACAGAGAUUUUAGUUAUGAAACCAAGAGCAGGACAGAUCCAGCACAGGACAUCAGCUCUCCUCCAUCUGCAGUCCAGCUCAUGCUUAUAGAAGAGAGAGGUAGAUGAUGGGGCUUGAAAAGAUAUGCUAUUUUUGUCAAGACAUUUUUACAGACAAAUUCAAAAUAUACACUUUUAAACCACCAAAUAUUACUCAUCCAUGCACGUACUGAAUAUGUAAAUAAUUUUGUAACACAUGCAUGUCUGUUCUUUUUCUAAUUCUUUUUGUGGCAAUCCUGUGUUGAAAUGUACAGCUACAAUGGCUUCAGGGUUGAAUUUCACUGUAAAAAUGAUUAAUAAUGACCUUAUCAUUUCAACACAUCACACUGUUUACAGUCUUAACAGCUCUUAUAAAAUCGGUAAAAAAGUAAAAAAAUAAAUAAUAAUAAUUAUGGAAAAUGUAAAUAUUAUUAUUGUUGGUGCUUAGAAAAAAAAAAAACCCUGAUUCUAUAUGUUUCUCAGUUUAUUCAUGUAGGCUAGUCUGAGGAUAUGUUUAUGUGUCAUCGGAUGUUUUACAAAUGAAAAAUGACACUAAUUUGGAUAUAAUGUUGUUCUGAUUAUAAACUUCAUUUUAAAAAAGCACAAAACACCAUUCAUACAAAACUGAAAUAUAGCAUUUUUGCACCACAAAGCCCACUGCACGAUUCUUCCACAACUGUGUGUAACAAGUACAACAUUAACAACUACAAUAAUAAUAAUAAUAAUAAUAAUAAUGCAACAUAUUGGCAGCGAAAGCAUGUUUCGCACCUCAAGCAACUUCAAUACAUUAUUAUGGAUAUGGAAGUAAAAUGAAUUUCACUUAUUAGUCUUAAACUUAUAUAAGACAAACUAACAAAAGUGAGAAACGAGAAGCAUUAUACUGAAUUUGAAGCUAUCUCCCCUCAAUUCUUUUUCUUUCUUCCUCGACCCCCUUGAUCUUCAUGCCAGAGAGCUGGUGUUUUUGGAGAUGUACCUUCAGCCCUCAUUUGUGCUAUAUAUAGUGUUGGGUCUCAAUCCCGCGGUGGAGUCAGGGGCCUCUUGUUAUCCCAGCGUGUUCAUGCCAGCGGGGUCACAUGACACUGGAUAGCUUGUUUAGCAAUGCCUGUUGCUGAAAACCACAAGAAUGUCCCCAUGCUCCUGGGAAACACUUCAGUCCAGUACACAGGCUGAGUUAGGAUGUGAAAUGUGUUAUGGGACAUCAGGGGUGUCAUGGGGGCACAGAACUCCCAUCAACAAGUGUCCCAAUAUUUCAUACUCUUUCAUGAUACUGUUUUAGAUAUAUUACUCCCUCUUCUAGUUAUACUACUCUGGACAAUGUUUGGAACUUUGUAUUGCUAGUAUUUCUAAUGUUAUAGACCUUAAAGGGAAAGUUAAUCCAAAAAUGACUUAUUCAGCCACAAGCCAUCCUAGGUGUUUAUGGCUUACAUCAUAAAAAGUGCUCCACACAGCUCGAGGGGGUUCAUCGAGAUCUUCUGAAGUGAAUCAAAUCAUUUAACCAUAUAUAAAACUUAAUAAACCGUAAUCUCUAGCUUCCUCCAACUGUCAUCGGCGUUCCAGCGGAUGAUGUGGGACAUAUGCUUAGCAUCAGCUCUGGUGAGAAACCUUUGUUUACAACAAAGGAAAACCAGUCUCCUCUUGGCUUAUAUUGAGAUACUUCCGAAGUACUUUACGUCAUUUCUCACUGGACAUGAUGCCCUGCUUCAUCCGCUGGAACGCAACCCUCUGGUGAAUGUGCAUAUGACAUAUGCACAUUCUAGAGAUUACUAGAAACUAGAGAUUACGAUUUAUAAAGUUUUAAAUAUGGAGUUUUUUUUUUAAACAAACACUUCAAUUCACUUCAGUAGGCCUUCAUUAACCCCUUGGAGCCGUUUAGGACACUUUUUAUGGUGGAUGGGUUAGGGUUAGGGUUAGGUUAGUGCUUUAUUUUGCUUCAAAGUCUUGAUGACCAUUCACUGCCAUAAUAAAGCCUGGAUGAGACUUGUAAUAAAACUCAGAUUGUAUUCGUCUGAAAGAAGAAAGUCAUAUACACCUAGGAUGAUUUUGUGGUGAGUGGGGUAAUUUUCAUUUUUGGGUGAACUAUCCCUUUAAGGCGGGUUCUUCAAAUCUUACCCUGCAGAGUUUAGAGCUUGCAGAUCUUUAACCCUGAUCAAACCAAUUUACCUGUGAUUUUCUAAUGAUUCUGGAGACCUUGAUCAGCUUACUCAGGUGUGUUAAAUCAGGGUUGGAGCUAAACUCUGCAGAAUGUUUAAUAACAUUCUCAAAACCUCUCAAAACACACACACACACACACACACACACACACACACACACACACACACACACACACACACACACACACACCACACACACACACACACACACACACACACACACACACACACACACACACACACACACACACACACACCAUUAUUUAUACACUGUUCAUGUAAUGUCAUAAUGUCCCUUAAUGUUUUCUCUAUCAUUUGCAUUAACCCAUUAAAGCAUUUAAAAAAAAAUUAAAAC